AUGGCGGACCAUCGCUACGAUGUCCACAAGGACUACUACGCCAUCCUCGGCAUCUCCUCCGAAGAUGCUCGCAGGCCCUCAAAGCGCAACAAAGCCUACACGAAGCUUGCCCUGAAGAACCGUCCCAACAGCGCGGGCGGAAUAACCGAGGAGUCGUUCAAAGUUGUCAAGGAAGCGUACACGGUGCUGGGAGAUGCCAGUGCGCGGUCUGACUAUGAUGAAGAUCGUCGAGCUCAAGGCUAUCCCAAUCCCGAUGAGCCGACUGCCACAGGGUCCCAUACAACUCUCACUGCGCCAACAACCUCGGAGGCGUACUUGCCAUCAGCGAGCUCGUCUAGGGAAGAUGCCGGUAGCAGAGCCGAGCAACAGCAAUCAAUGCCGAGCAAGGAAGAGAAGAGAGCCAAGCGAGAUAGAGAGCAGCAGGGUACUCAUCGCGAACGCAGCGGUCCUUCGAGGGACGAAGCUCAUAUCGACAGAAUCGAUUUCGAUCCAGUCCGCAGCGGUGGCAGGGGGCGAAUCUGGACUCCGUGGAAGUUCUCUUUUGAGACUUACUACCACGAUGAUUAUGUUGCGACGAGCUUUCUAGGACGUCUGCGCACGGUCAUUCAGGAAAACAAGGACGAAUGGCAGGCCGAUCGUAAGGCUUCAGAGGAUGCGCACCGCGCCAUGGUGGAAGAUACUACUGGGUCUAGAAUGCUGUAUGGAACUAUUUGGGGCGAUGCGCAAACCCGAGAGCGGCAGUCGGAGGCCAUAUAUCAUCGAUCAGAGUCGUUACUUGAGCGCCACCGCAAGCGAGCAAAGGCUCUCCUCAAGCGCCGCUAG